AUGGCGGCGGCAAUGGCAGCUCCAGACUUACUGGACCCCAAAACGGCCACUCACAACACCAAGCCCCGCCUCUCCUUCUCCACAAAGUCCAUCACGCUGACUCGGCGAGAGGAGAGCGAGGUGGUGGCCACGGUGAUGAAAAGGAAGACGGUGACCGCCAUCUUUCUUUUGGUGGUCCUCUACUUGGUGAUGGGAGCGGCUGUCUUUAGGUCUCUGGAACAACCUCAUGAGAGUGCUCAACGCUUGGCCAUCUUGACUCAGAAGUUGGACUUUCUGGCCAAACAUGACUGCGUCAACCACAGCCAGCUGGAGGAUCUGGUUAAGCAAGUCGUGUCGGCCAUCCGUUCGGGAGUAAACCCUGCGGGAACGCUGGCCAAUCCCAGCAGCCUUUGGGACCUGAGCUCGGCCUUCUUCUUCGCCGGGACUGUCAUCACAACUAUUGGCUUCGGCAACAUUUCACCUCACACAGAAGGCGGGAGAAUCUUUUGUAUUGUCUACGCUCUGCUGGGCAUCCCUUUGUUUGGCAUCCUUCUGGCCGGUGUUGGCGACCAGCUGGGCACCAUCUUUGGCAAGAUCAUCGCCAGAGUGGAGAAAAUGUUUGUGCACAUGGACAUCAGUCAGACCAAGAUCCGGGUCAUAUCCACGUUGCUCUUUGUGCUUUUUGGCUGCUUGCUGUUCGUGGCGCUCCCGGCAGCUAUCUUUCAACACAUCGAGGGCUGGUCGGCUCUGGAGUCGCUCUACUUUGUGGUCAUCACUUUGACCACUAUCGGCUUCGGGGACUUUGUUGCAGGAGGCUCUGAAAUUGAGUACUUGGAUUACUACAAACCAGUUGUGUGGUUCUGGAUUCUGGUGGGACUGGCCUAUUUUGCUGCCAUCCUCAGCAUGAUUGGAGACUGGUUAAGAGUCAUUUCUAGGAGGACCAAAGAGGAGGUGGGAGAGAUUCGUGCCCACGCGGCCGAGUGGACGGCCAGCGUGUCGGCAGAAUUGAAGGAAACCCGCCGACGAGUAAGCGUGGAAAUCUACGACAAAUUCCAGCGAGCCGCUUCCAUUAAACGCAAACUCUCAUCCGAACUCGGUUUCAGCCCCACCCCGGAAUUCGCUCUGCCCCGGAGGGCUGUUUUGGCCAACCACGGCGAGGAGCGGGAAAAGGGCGAAAAGGAGGUGGGGCUACCGGGGUUGACGUCACAGAUGACUCGGAACUGCGGCUUGUUUAUGAACGGUUUGGACCUUGAAAGAGGCGAUAUGGCCGCUAUUGAACACAUAAAAUGA